UAGCACCUAAAAUCUGUUCUCAGGGAGAAGUGAGGUUGCAAAAGGGGCAUGCAGCCUGCCCGGAAAGCAGUGCUGGCACUGGUGGAGCUUCCUUCUAUGAUGAGGAAGCCUCUUGCACCACAAGCAACUGCUCUGCCCAGCUGUUUCCUUCCAGUGCAUGCAUAUCGUGCAGUCAGACAGGAGUACUGAGAGGUGCUGCCUGUGGGGAGGAGGGAGCAUGGCCCUGCAGUGGGUCCUUCUCCUGGUCCUCACGACUCUGCUGGCAGCACUGGAUCAGGAUCAGCGUGACCGCAACAAGAGAGCAUAUUACUGGUACUCAGAAAAGUGCAACAAACCACAGUGGGACCCCACGCUCCAGUUUACACCAGAUGGAAACAGUUUUGAAGUGGAUGAGGAACUGCAGCUGACCUGCCCUGCACAUCAGAAGCCCACCUUCACCACUGUCAAAUGUGCAGAGGGAUCCUUAGGACUUGGUUCUGGGAAACCCUACUCUGGAUAUGUCUGGUGGGGGAGGAACAGCACAGGUGCCUGGAUCCGCAUUGAAGGGGGUGUUCGGUGUGCUGAUAUGUGCCAAAAGCCCCAGUGGGAUCCAGAACUCCAUCUGACACCAGAUCUGGAGGAGUACGGAGAGAAUGAAGAAGUGACCCUGAGCUGCCCCAAGGGCUCACAGCCAUCCUACACCCACGCCAGAUGUACAAUGGGAAAUGGGUUUUACAUUCCUCGUGGAUCUCCAUACAGAGACAUAUGGGUGGGGAGGGACAGGUUUGGUGCUUGGAACUCCAUCUGGGAGACUGUGCAGUGCAUUGAGCAUUGCAACAAGCCACAGUGGGACCACAGACUCCAGUUUACACCAGACGGAAACAGUUUUGAAGUGAAUAAGGUACUGCAGCUGACCUGCCCUGGACAUCUCAAGCCCUCCUUCACCAGUGUCAAAUGUGCAGAGGGAUCGUUAGGACUUGAUUCUGGGAAACCUGACUCUGGAUAUGUCUGGUGGGGGAGGAAGAGCACAGGUGCCUGGACCCUCAUUAAUGGGACCGUACAGUGUAAAGAGAAAUGUCAGAAGCCACUGUUGGAUCCCAGGAUUGGUUUUGUCCCAAACCAGAAGUUCUACAACCUCAAUAAAACAGUGUCAAUGACAUGCCCUAGUGGGUACCAGCCUUCUGCCAUGGAGAUCAUUUGUAUGAAACUAAGCCCACGCCAAGGCCUCUCAGGUCCUCAGAGCAGCUGGUUUAUGAAGAACAGCACAGGAUUAUGGCAGUUGGCACCAGGAUACGUGAGAUGUGUGGAAACGUGCCAAAGGCCCCAGUGGGACCCAAGACUCCAUCUGGCACCAGACCUGGAGGAGUACAGACAGAAUGAAGAAGUGACCCUGAGCUGCCCCAAGGGCUUACCAUCCUACACCCAUGUCAGAUGUGCAAUGGGAUAUGGGUCUUACAGUUAUGCUGGAUCUGCAUACAGAGAUACAUGGGAGGGGAAGAACUGGUUUGGUGCUUGGAUCUCCAUUGAGGGGACUGUGCAGUGCCUUGAGGUGCUAGAAGUUGUCCCUGGGACCGUAGAUGUCACCAGCACCACCAUCAAACUGAACUGGACCUGCAGCUUUCCCGAUGCCUGCCAGCACAUACAGGCCACGUGCCGGCUGGCCGGGCCUUCCUCACCUCCCUGUGAGGCUGAGGAGCUCACUGGAGCGGAGAUCCUACAUGGCAAGAUGGGAACAUUCACCUGUCCUCCCCUGCAGCCCUUCACCGACUACACUGUCACCAUCUCAGUGCCCCCCAGCACAGUCCUGUUUUCAUGGGUGAUCAGGACAAAAGAAGCAGUGCCGCAGAAGCCGGAGCUGCUGCAGCUGGAUCCCAGCAAUGGGACUCUCAGGUGGAAGGCGCUGCCCUCCUGCCGAGGGGAGAUCGUUGGGUACCAGCUGAACAUCACGGCCAGGGCCCCGCAGGACGGCGGCUUCGUGCAGAUCGAGCGGCUGCAGCUGAGCAGCCGAACCACGGAGCACCCGCUGCCCGCGUACGGCCCCGGCACCAGAUACGCGGUGGCCGUGCGGGGCCUCACGGCUGCGGGUCCCGGAGCUGCAGCGCUGCGGGACUUUCACACCAACGGCUCAGAGACCCCAGGGCCGCCCGACGGCUGCUCCCGCCUCGUGCUCGAUACCUCUGCAUCUCAGGGGACAGCUGUGCUUCCCCUGCACCCCAUCUCACAGCCCCCUGAGUCAGCGAGUGAGCACCAGCUGCUGGUGGCUGUGACACACAACAGCACGGUGCUGGAAGACGCCUGCUCGGGGGAGCUGCAGCCCUCCAACCACAGCCACCCUCCCGAGCCCUACGUGGCCGCCGUGCUCAACCUCACGGCACCCACGGACUUCAUGCUGGGUGACGGGACCCGCGGGCACGGCUUCCACAACGCCCCCCUGCACCCGGGAUGGGAUUACACCGCCCUGCUGCGCCUCGCCCGGCGCUCACCGCAGGCAGAGACAUUCACCUGCGUGUGCUACAGCUUCUCCAUGGGGCAGGAGUCAGUUCCUCAGCUACACAGACUGCCUGUGCUGAUGGCACUUGUGUUGGCUGCUGUGGUCCUGGCGCUGGGGAUUUUCCUGCUCCCUCUGAUCGUCAGGCAAAAGCGCAACAGAUCAAAAGCCUCUGAGAUCAACAGCACUAUCCCCCUCCGAAAGCGUCACAGAGGUGCCAGGAAUCUGAACACACUGAUCCCAGUGGAGGAACUGCUGGAUACUCUGAAGAGGCUUCAAAGGGCAGAGAUAGAGGCAGAGCAGAUGGAGGAUGAAUCAGUCAACAGGCACGAGGCAGGGCGUCUGGGCGAGUACCAGAAACUGGCCUCCUCUCUGUGCCACUCCUGCAGCGCUGGGAAGGAGCUGUGUAACGAGGGCAAGAACCGCUACAAGAGCAUCAUCCCAUAUGAUCACUGCCGUGUGGUGCUGCAGCCCUCUGACACAGGGAAUGACUACAUCAACGCCAGCUACGUGGAUAGCUACCAGAGCCCACGCUUCUUCAUUGCUGCUCAAGGCCCUUUGCCUGGGACAGUGGUGGAUUUCUGGCAGAUGGUCUGGCAGGAGAAGAUCUCAGUCAUUGUUAUGCUGACAGGCUUGGUGGAGCAGAACAAAAUUAAGUGUGAGCAGUACUGGCCAGAGCAGCAGCAAGUAUACGGGGACUUCAGUGUAACACUAAACAACACCAGGACCACUAAGGGCCUUACUACACGUAUCUUCUGCCUGCAGAAGGCAGGCUGUGCUCUCCCAAGAACAGUGGAGCAGUUUCACUACCUGCAGUGGCCAGACCACGAGGUGCCCAGGAACCCUGCCCAGCUGCUGUCCCUACUGGAAAUGAUUAACAAGAGUGGAUCAGAAUCACCUGCAGGACCUGUGCUGGUGCACUGCAGUGCAGGGAUUGGGCGGACAGGCACCUUCAUUGCCCUGGACUUCCUCCUGAAGAUGGCAAAGGUCGAGGGAAAGGUGGAUGUGUUUCACUGCGUGCAGAAGCUGCGGGAGCAGCGGAUCUGCAUGGUGCAGACCAAGGAGCAGUAUGCCUUUUUGUAUGAGGUGCUGCUAGAAGGUUUGCUCUGUGGCUGCACUGGGGUGCCAGUGGAGAGAGUUGCCAGUCACAUCAGCUGCCUCCAAGGAGCUGAGACUCCGAGCCAGAACAACGUCCUGGAGAAGGAGUUCAAGGCAGUGCAGAAGUUUUCUGAGUUGUUCCAGCUCCUGCCGUGCAGAGAAGCAGAGAAACCCAGCAACCAGCCCAAGAACCGCAAGCCAGGGAUCCUGCCAGCGGACUCCUUCCGGCCCAUCCUGAUGUCCUCGCUGAACGCUGACGGCUCGCCGGGCUACAUCAACGCCGUUUUUGCCAGUACGUACAGCAAGGAGGACAGGCUGAUUAUCACCCAGCUGCCCUUUUCCAGCACCCUAGUGGACUUCUGGGCUCUGAUCUGGGACUACACCUGCACCUCAGUGGUUGUGCUCAACCAGCUCCAGGAGCUGGACAAGACAUAUGUGGAGGUCUGGCCCACCCAGGGCAAAGCCAUCCAUGGCCACUUUCACAUCCAGUGGAUCUCUGAGGAACCUGGAGCUGGUUUCACAGUGUGGACGCUUGCACUCACCAAUAAGCAGCAGCCCAAGAAAUCUGCAAUGAAAGUCCACUUCUGGCAGCUGGAGGACUGGCCUAUGCAGCACCACCUUCCCCCACACCUCACCACCAUCAUCAGCCUGCUAGGGAAAGUGGAGACACACCAGCGGCAGAACCAGGAUGGGCACAUCCUCGUCACUUGCUGGGAUGGUGCCAGCAGGAGUGGGAUCUUCUGUGCUGCCAGCUUCCUGUGCGAGCAGAUCCAAAGUGAGGGGCUGGUUGAUGUAUCCCAGGCUGUGAGGAUGCUGAAGAGACGGAGGAGGCAGCUGAUUAAGGAUGUGGAGCAGUAUGGGCUGUGCUACAAACUAGCCCUCAGCUACUUGAAUUCAUUUGAAACCUAUGGCAAUUUCAAGUAAGAUGCGUGGUCACAGCCCAUUUCUGGACAGAACUUCAGCCUUCUUGAAGAAGCAAUGGAAACCAGAGGAGAUGUGCACUGCCCUAGGAUCACAAAAUCAUUAAAGCUGGAAGGACCAGUGAAAUAAUCUAAUCCAACCAUCAACCCACCAAUGCUUUACUCCUCUCAUGAGCCACCCUAAGGGCCAUCUGCAGCUAGACAACACAGGCUGGACUGUCUCCAAAUCGUGAACAGAAUUUGAAGCAUGAACAUGGCCCUUUGCUCAGAGUUUUGGCAGCACUUUACCUGGCACCACAACAUGAGUACACUGAGCAGAGCAUAGGCACAAGGCUUUGAUGUGUCCAUGCCAAGGAUGCAGAGAACUAGCUAUCCCAUCCAGGCUCCCUUUCAGACAUCCUCAGUGAAAGUGGGGUAGCUGCACCAAUGCCCCAGUUGUGCUCAGUCAGGAGCACCAAACACCAUGAGGUCUCCUCCAGGGCUAGAACACAGGCCAUCUAUCUUGCUUUGGAGGAUGCAACAAACCUGUGUCCAUGAAGAGCCAGGGGAGGGAUAAUCCACAGCCCCACAGGGAUGACCCAUUCCUUCCCACACCACACAGUCCCUUCCUGCUGCUGCAUCUUCCUGUUGCUGGUCCAGGUGCCACAGCCCUGAAAGCACCAGAGAGGCUCCCUUACAAGUCUACCUACCCCACCAUGGAAAUCUGACUUGGAUGCCUGUACUUUGAACGUUGUCUCUGCAGGUUACAGUCCAGGAGAGGCUGCUGCACCAUGGAUAAUAUCUGUCAGGACUGACCCUGUAGCUCUAACUGUGUAUCACUAAUAAAGGCUCUUUGAUGGUUUCA